CUGGCAAAGACAAUAAAACCGUGUUGCAUGCCCAGUCGAGUGUUUAGUCUACUUCGCAUUUUGCCGCAAAAUACGUUCGCGCUCGCGUUCUAUCGUUAUAAUAUUUUACAAAUAUUAUUGAUAUAUACUAGAAAACUCUCCGAAAAGCAGUGCAAGAGUGGUGAAAAGUCGUGGCGAAUGUACAGCCGCGCAGUCCAAUGUCAAGGACAUUUGCGUUGCGUUAACGAUCAGUGUAAAUAAUAGAUGUGCUCUCGAGCUGUUAAAAAGGAAUAAUAUAAAUAGGAACAUACAUUUACCGAUAUAAUCGUAGAGAACUCGCAUUGUCGGUGAACAAAAAAAAAAAUAAAAAUUUGCCAGAAUGUCGUACUCGAAUAAGAGGGCGCUCGCAGCUUCGGCAUUCUGUUUGUGGCUUGUUCUGUGCGUGCAAAUCUCCGUUGUGCGAUCGGCAUUGCAUUCGCGUGCGCUGUCAUCGGUUGCUAGUGGUAAUACCAACGCCAUUGGCGAAGGCGAGGCAGAGACGGAGGAGGCCGAGUCAAUUGCGGCUAAUGAGCCAAGCUAUAAAAAGCAACAGCCUACUCGGCAAAGGUCAAAUGUCAGCACGAAAAGGGACUUUUCAGAAAAAAUGUCUUGGCAAUGUGCUAAUAAUGCCAGUUGCCUCCAUACUCUAGCCACUGACAUGUUGCAGGCUUACAGGCGCGGCGAGACCAUUAGCUUGGGUUUCAUGGAUUUGGCAAAAUUACCACCAGUGGGUGAUAAGGAGAAAGAAAAAUUGGGUGGUGCCGCAACGGGUCGAGGCAUUUCGAGUUUCGUUGAUUUUAUUAGUGGAAAUGCUGUGCGUAUACCAGUGGGGCCGAUGGUGUUCAGCGUGCAACGUGCAGAGGAUGAUGGAAAUUACAUUGAAAUUGCGUUGCUGAAGAAAGCGAGCAGUCAAGGUCGAGGUGGACUUGGGGGUGGUGGUCUAGGCGGCGGUGGUGGAGGGGGUGGAGAAGGUCUUCUUAGCAGUCUAGGUUCAGGUAUUGGCGGUGGCAACGGUGGUGGGGGUAUGUUGGGAGGAGGAGGUAAUGAUGGUGGCGGUGGUCUUCGUGGACGGUUCCGCAAACAAAAACAAGAAAAGGACAAAAAGCAAUUCCAAAUGUACAUACCAAUGUAUUUGGCCGCAACCACUUUUGGAUGGACCAUGGUAGCUGCAAAAGCAGUCGGUUUGCUGACACUCAAAGCAUUAGCCGUCUCCAAAUUGGCAUUCAUUGUAGCGGCAAUGGUUAUUGUGAAAAAGCUAAUGGAUAAUGCCUCGGAAAAAAUGAUGUAUCAAUUCCCUGAACACACACCCUACAUGAUGCCAUACAGCAUGGAUUAUGGCAUGCAUCCCGAAAUGGCGUCGGGCGGUGAAAUGUAUCCUGCCGCAUUGCAAUUAGCCGCUGCCCCUAUGCAACACCACAGCGUCGGGCACUCAGGUAUCGAAAAUCUCGCUGCGGAAAGCAGUUUACAUCACAAUAUUGCCGAUAUGCAAAACAGUACACAGGUGUUGGCUGCGCUGAAUGCGGUGCAUCUGGGACCGAAAGUAAAGCGCGAGGACUCCUGGUUGGGAAAGAUUGGCUGGCGAAUGUCAUUACGUUCCGUUAAUAGUCCAUUCAAGCGUACAUUUUAUGGGCAUCCGUUUAAGCCAACUCGUUAUAAUGAAUUUUUGAUGCGCAACCAAAAUUGGAGCCGACGCAAUGAUGAACAAAUAGCUGUAAAAGUGGCUUUGGCUGCAGCAGCGGCCGCAAACGAAGAAGAAGAACAGGAGGAAGUGGAAUUAGGCGAAGACGAUAUAUUCAAUGAGGAGGAGAAUAUUAAAGAUACGUUCGAGUUUUUGGGCAUGGAACUGAAUAAGAAAGCAGACAGUGUCCAUAAACUUUCAUAAAGUUAACCAACCAAGCUUGCAUAUCAGCUGCAAUGGGAGUGGGUGUCAGACGGCCGCUAGUUUACAACUACGUACAACCACACCACCCGUAUUAUCGCGCAUAAAAACAAC